CUGCACUCUGAGAAACUCAAACUCUUCUGUUUGGACGUCUGCAGAGAUUCAGAAAAACACACCAACCACAGAUUCAGACCCAUCGAUGAAGCUGCACGACAACACAAGAAGAAACUUGAGGAAACUCUGAAGCCCUUAAAGGAGAAGUUAAAGGUUUGUGAAGAAGUUAAAGUGAAGUUUGAUCAAACAGCAGAACACAUUAAGGUCCAGGCCCAACACACAGAGAGGCAAAUUAAGGAGCAGUUUAAGAAGCUUCAUCAGUUUCUAGAAGAGGAAGAGGAGGCCAGGAUGGCUGCUCUGAGGGAGGAAGAGGAGCAGAAGAGUCAGAUGAUGAGGGAGAAGAUGGAGGCUCUGAGCAGAGAGAUAGAAGCUCUUUCACACACAGUCAGAGCCACAGAGGAGGAGCUGAGAGCUGAAGACGUCUCAUUCCUGAACAACUACAAGGCUGCAGUGGAAAGAGUCCAGCACUGCCCCCUGCUGGAUGAUCCACAGCUGCCCUCAGGAGCUCUGAUAGACCAGGCCAAACACCUGGGCAACCUGGCCUUCAACAUCUGGAACAACAUGAAGGAGAUGGUCUCCUACACUCCUGUCAUUCUGGAUCCAAACACUGCUGAUCCAAGACUCAUCCUGUCUGAAGAUCUGACCAGUGUGAGACGAGGAGAGAAACAGCAGCUUCCUGAUAAUCCAGAGAGGACUGAUUAUUAUAAGUCUGUCCUGGGCUCUGAGGGCUUUAACUCAGGGACUCACAGCUGGGAUGUCGAGGUUGGAGACAGUAAAGUCUGGUCACUGGGUGUGUUAUCAGAGUCUAUUCAGAGGAAGAGAAUCAUACAGUCUGGAUUAUGGAUAAUAUUGUUCUAUAAUAAUAAAUACUCAGUAUUGUCACCACCAGCUCCCUUCACUGUUCUCUCAGUUAAGAAGAAGCUCCAGAGGAUCAGAGUGAAUCUGGACUGGAACAGAGGAAAUCUGUCGUUUUCU